UACGAGAUAGUGUAUUUCAAAAACCUCACCACUGCAAAAGAUUACACUUUUCAUUUCAUUCAAGUGGACAUUCAUUCCAACAACAAUAAAGACGAGAUUGCCCUCAAGGCUGCGAGAGAACUUGCCAAGACAGAUGCAGAUGUUAUUCUCCUUUACGUGGAUCAGGGGACGUUCUUGCUAAACACAGGAGUCUGCUAUCAGAGCAAGGUACAAGUCUGGAUUAUACAAGAUUGGGUACCAAAGAAUAUAACAGCCAACGAAAACCACAUGGUUGUCACGCUCAGCAUUCCCUCUUCGACAAGAAACGUUCCAUGGGGAGAAAAUACGAGCCAUCAUCUAUUUGACGACGAAACCUCAAACCUCGUUUAUGAAGCAAUUGAUUUGGUUGCCAUGGCACUGGUAAACGCCAAAAGAAAUGGUUYCUGGUUGCUUGGAAACGAUAUUGUWACCUUAAAUUCCAAUCGACAUGCCCUUUACAGCUACAUCACAAAGGGUUCUGAAGGCGUGACAUUUGACAAAAGCGGAAAUCGUUUGGUGGAAAAGCUCAUAAUUAGAAACUUAGUAAACGACUCAUUAGUUGAGAUUGGUUCGUGGACAAAAGCAACUAACAGUGUAAAAUUCAACAAGAGUAUCAGUGUCAACAAAGAGGCUCAAACGGUUACAAAGGGACUACAAGGCAAAAAGCUUACUGUAGUUGUCGUGCCGAAUCCACCCUAUGUAAUUAGGCCUCGGGCCGGAGAUGACCACUACCACGGACUCUGUGGUGAUCUUAUCGAACGGAUUGCCGCUGACGAGAAGUUCACUUACGAAAUCUUCGAGCAGCCUGAUAGGAAAUAUGGAACAGAAUAUAAUGGAACAUGGGACGGGAUGAUUGGAAGUCUUAUUGAURGGAAAGCUGAUAUGAUUGUCGGUGACCUAACAAGAACCACAUUACGAGAGCAGAUUGUCGGCAUGACAGUGGGUUACAUGUUCUACACGGAUAAGAUUAUCAUUAGCAAACGAAGCGAGAUCGAAGUCAAUGAUUUUCUUCAAUUCAUGUCUCCAAUGUCUGUUGAGGUUUGGGUGAUGGCAAUCGUUACCUUGGUGGUGGUCACUAUUUCCAUGUACGUGAUAAACUACUUCAGUCCAUAUGGCAUGAAAAACAACCAAGGAACGAAAACGUCUGAGGAAUUUAGUCUCAUCAAUUGUCUUUGGUUUUCUUUUUGCUGUACGCUUCAACAGGGUCCAGAUCAUUCGCCUAAAUCCGUAUCAGGUAGAGUUCUGGCUGGUUUCUUCUGGUUCACUAUCAUGGUGUGGGUUGCCACCUACACUGCAAACCUAGUUGCGUUCUUCACCGUAAAAACCGUCAUCUUCCCAGUGAGAAACCUCCAAACCGCCAUUGAUUCGAAAUACAAAUUUGGUGUCGUGGAACAUUCUUUGAUUCAUAARUUGUUUCACUAUACUAAGUACGAACUUUACGAACGAGCGCUGGCGCGCAUGACUGACCUACCUAAGAAUGACAGCCAAGCGUUGGAAUGGGUACGAAAAGGAGACUAUCUCCACCUGUCCGAGGGUCCUUUUGCCGAUUUCAUCACUCAUCAACAACCAUGUGACUUGAAAGCAGUAAGCGGUUUGGAGACUCCCAGGGCGUUUGUCUUCGCUCUAAGACUCAAUGACCCUCACGUAGAGGACAUAUCACUUGCAAUACUACGCCUGCGCGAGAAUGGRUAUGUCACGUACCUCAUGGAUAAGUAUGUCAAAGGGACCAGUCAAUGCCCUGAAGCACAAGUAUCACAAAUAAGCAGCACAGAAAGCAUUCAGCUUCAUAGUAUUGUAGGAGUAUUCAUGGUGCUUGGGGCUGGCUGUGUAGUGUCAUUUCUAGCUCUCUGUCUGGAGAUAUUCUGGCACCACAAACAAAGCAACAAAGUCGAUGGUUUCACGCAAAGAAAAACAAGUUCAGAUUCGACAACUUAGUUGAUGUUUUCAAGGACUGUCCCUGCAUUUCAAUGCAAUGUAAAUUUUAUACCUGUUAUUUAUAAGAAAUAACAAUAGGCGAUUUGCAUUAUGGCGUCAUUUACUWCAACUACCAGAAUGCUUUGCCCACUUUCUUUUGUAAUGCAUUUAGUGCCAAUUGUUUUACUAAUCGCUAAGGGGAUUAAAAAUCUGAAWAACAAAGMAAAUGYGCAAGGCUUUCUDGUAGUUGUAGUAAAGUUACGCCAUCAUGCAAAUGGCCUAUUAAGGWUUCACCCACCCUAGUACCCAGGUGCGUGUUUCUGUUAACCGCGAGUGGGUACUGGGACGAAGGGUUAAGAAGAGGAAGAAGUCAUACUGAAGCAUAUCGAAAAACUGAGAAAUGGAAAAWUCCUGGGUACUAUAUACUGGAUUUACUGGAUUUUUCGUCAUCUCAAGUGUUGCUGUCUGUAAAAUCGUACAAUCUWAAGUCCUGUGGUUAUCGUUCGUUUUCUGUUGCUGMUMCCAUAUUAUGGAACUCUCUACCUGCCGCUAUUAGAAAUAUUACUGACAUUAACUCUUUUAAAUCCUGCCUUAAAACUUAUUUUUUCAAACUUGCCUUUAAUUUGUACAUUUUAAUUAUAACCUGUAAUUUUUUAUCUGUAUUUUUUUUCCCUCUCAGCUCUUAGAUCUGAGCUGCUGUAUAAGCGCUUUAAAAAUUAACAUUAUCAUUAUUAUUAUUACGAAAGAUUGAAACGUGUGUUCUAUCCUAUUGACGUAUAGAUAGCUCUUGCAUGUUGUACUCGUUUUUAAUAAACUGAU